CUUCACCAAUCAUGUCUUCAUUUUUCCUCCACAGGUUCUUUCUGCUGCUUAUGGAAUCCCAAGAAAUCAAACAUGAACAUAUACCAGCUGAAAACAGAAGUAAAAAAUAAGACAUAACGUAAGUGCUGAAGCUCAAUAUAUUGAUGGUAGCUUUAAGUUUCCAAGCUGUCCACUUAACGACAGCUGAGCGAAGUCUUAGUUUGCAGAAAUGGAGACCUAGAAGUACGGUGAUUAGGUGUAGAAUUGCAGAGCCUACAGGAGAACCGGCUCCUUUAGGACAGAAGACAAAAUAUAGUGAUGGGUUCUUUGAGAAGGCAUUCAUGACUCUUUUUGCUAGGAAAAUGGAGAAAUUUGCAGCUCCAGCCAAGAAUGCGAUUUAUGAGAGUAAGGAGAAAGGUUGGUUGGAUUAUGAUUAUGAGAGUUUUGUUGAUGUUUCAAGGAGAGUAAUGCAAGGAAGGAACCGAUUACAGCAGCAAGAAGUUGUCCGUGAAGUUCUUUUGUCUAUGCUCCCUCCAGGUGCCCCCGAGCAGUUCAAGAAACUGUUUCCACCAACAAGGUGGGCUGCAGAGUUCAAUGCUGCAUUAACAGUGCCAUUCUUUCAGUGGUUAGUUGGGCCUUCUGAGGUUGUAGAAGUUGAGGUAAAUGGAGUAAAGCAAAAAAGCGGAGUUCAUAUAAAGAAGUGCAGGUACCUUGAGAAUAGUGGAUGUGUAGGGAUGUGCGUGAAUAUGUGCAAGAUUCCCACUCAAGAUUUCUUCACCAAUGAAUUUGGACUUGCACUGACCAUGAUCCCCAAUUUUGAAGAUAUGAGCUGUGAAAUGGUGUACGGACAAGCUCCACCUCCAUUUGAAGAGGAUCCAGUACACAAACAACCCUGUUAUACAAAUAUUUGUUCCGUGGCAAACCCCAACUCCAGCAUUUGUCAUAAGCUCCAGGCUUGAAAGAUAUAUAGUGCUUCUUUGGUCUAAUGUAUUGUAUAACAGUUUUACAAAAACAAUUGGUUUCUUCUACACCUUCUACAGUUGGUUUAAAAGAUUAGAAAGUGCAGAAAGUUUUGAGCUUUUUAAUCUUUCAGGAAUUCAGAUUUCUUAGAUUCUGAGGUUCUUUGCUAAGCAUGUGAUACUCGAAGCUCAAAUUACAUGUGAAAUUAUAGUUGAAAAAACUAUAGUGCAUUAUAUAACAAACAAUAACUGUUCAUUCAA